ACAUUGGCAGACACAAGACUCACAGCAUACUCACAGCAUGGCUGAGAUUGAGCAAGUGGUGUUCACAGACUCUGAGUGUGUCGAUCCUCAAGCGCCUAGGAGUCACGACGCAAUGUCAGAAGCCGACUGUAACAAUACCGCGAAAGAAAGUGCCAUUCAUGAGGAGAAUGGUGAUACUGCACAGUCCGCCAUAGGUGAAGAAAUGAAGGACCAGAAUAGUGGGUCAGGCAAGGAGCUGGCCAGUGUGACAUGUGCUGUACUUGAAACGUCCCCUGGAGCUUUACCACCAUCCACUGUUCAGAAAACUUCAGAGGUCUCGACAAGAGAGACCUCUCUCUCUACUCAUGCUGGCACAGAAGCCUCCAUUACAGAUGUGGCUGAGAGUUCACUUCAAGCUGCAGGUCCCGAGUUCUGUAAAAACAUACAAGAGAAGUCAAUUCAGAGCUCUCAGGAAGAACUACCCAAAGGUUGUGUUGAAACAGAUGAUUCUUGUGCUGAAGAGAAGCCAUUGGUAUCAGCGAAUCAAGGGUCAGAUGGUUUAUCAUCGGAACAUAUGCCAAAGUCGGUUGAAGUACAAGAUCUCAUCUUGAGGACACCAGGUAACAUUGAUCACCCUGAGCAGGAGACAAGUGUGGAGUUAAGCAAAGAAAGCAAUCCUGAUGUUCAGUGUGCCACUGAUCCUGCAAGAAAUGAAGCAAUACUUACUCAAGUGCCCGUAACAGAUUCUGCAAUUUCUGGAGAUUCCUCUUCGAAGGGCACAUCUGAAUCAAGUUCUGCUGUUGUAGCUAAUCUUGAAGAAACUAUUUUGGCAGUGAAUCAGGCGGAUGAUGUUGCAAGUGUGGAAGUUGCUAAACUUAGUGAUGAUGAGCAGCUGAAAGACGUGCCCGUCUCGUGCUCUUCACCAGCAGUGCCUCCUAAUAGUUCCAGUGUACAGGUAGCCUCUUCACAGCCAUCUGCAUCAUCAAGCUGUCCAGUUGUUGCUUCAGCAAAACAAGAUCAAGAACUGGAUUCCAAUGUAGACAGCAAAUCACUUUCUGAAGAAGUUGAAAAUAGUAAUUGUGGACAUAACUCUGAAGAUGGAGUCUGUGUGGAGGACGAAGAAGGCUCAAGUGUCCUGUCCAUGGCUGGCGAGGCUGCAGCUAGCACCGACUUAGAAGGUGGUCAAGAAGCUACUGCUGACUCACUGGACAGUCCUGGCCGCAUUGACAUUGGCUCAGAUCAUGAGGACUUCGAUGAGGAACUUGAAUUGCAUCCACGAUUAGACAGGGAUGACCUUGAUAAUGACAGUGGCAUUAAUGAAGGCAUACGUGGCUUGGAAGAUGAACUGGAGGAUGGUCUUGACGAGGAGGAAGACGACGAGGAUUGUCUCAAAGGAGAGCGGCAGCAAGGCGAUGGCCAGGAGAGCGUCGAUCCCUCUGACCUCCAAGAUAAAGUUUUGGACUUUGAUGAAGACAAGCGCAACCCUCAGUACAUCCCCAAGAAAGGUGCAUUUUACCAACAUGAUGACCGCAUGGUGGGAGAUGAAGAUGCAUCUGAAGUUCCAGAAGAAAAGAAUGAAGAUGACAAGGGCUCUCGUCGGCAGAAGAAGCUUUGGCAUGAUGAAGGUGUUUGGGGCCAUGACAUGUACCGCGAGGAGGAGCAGGGUCCUAAAACAAGUGACGAGCUUGUGAGCAUCUAUGGCUAUGAUAUUCGUACAGAAACGAUGCCUCCUAGAGCUCGGAGACGGCGACGUUAUGGCCGUGGCCCCAACAAGUACCAGCGUAACUGGGAAGAUGAAGAGGCUUACACCCCCCGGUCAGGGUCAGGACGUGGUGGAGGAUUACGUGGUGGUCGCAGGACCAGAGGUGGGGGCCACAUUGGGAACCCUCCAUUCCGUGAUGAGGACUUCCCCGAUCUGAACUCCAAGCCUUCAAAUCCAGAGGAUUCUGCUACUGUGGAACUGGACCGGACAGAAGUAAGGUCACCAGCCAGACCUACAGGGUUCGGAGGUUCCAGCUCGCCAGGAAGCAGCAGUUCUCAACAGGAAGAAUGGGACCACACAGUCAAGGGCUCCGGAAUGGCCCACCGGGGUUGGGGCAAGCGUCCUUCUCAACCUCCCAGGAGAGUACCAGAUGCGCUGCCAAGGGAGCAGGACAGUGAAGUCAAGGAAAACGCAUCAUCAGGGCAUCGUACCAACAGGCCUGCUCCACGAUCACCAGUGAAGUCGAAUGAAGUGCCCCGCAUUCCACCUUCCGCUGGCAAAAGCCGAGCUAUACGGCACCUGCUGACUGAGCAUGAACGAAGCAAAAAGGACUUUGAGACACUCAAGAAAUUUGCAGCGACAGUGGAGCUUCAGGACGGUGAUGCAGCAGAUUUGAAGAGGAGCACAGCAGCUACAGUGCCUCCAAGAGGAGGACCGGUUGGAAGCACAGAAUCUGCAGCCAAACCAAGGCGUUACUCUUCAUUGCGUCAACGGCCCCUUGUAGAGGCUGCCCCCUAUGCUGAAACGGCCGUGGUUGCUCCCCAGCUGCCUAGUACACAGGCCCCACUACCAGCGCCGAAUCAGCCACAGCCAGCUAUUUUGACUGCAGCACAUUUCCAGGGGCCAUAUGCACCAUAUCCUGAUGGCUACAUGCUUCCACCUGGACAAGCACCUGCUGUGAUGCCCACUCCAAGUCAGCCGCCACCGCCUCCUGUUAUGGCACCACCUGCCCCAUUGACGAGCUCUUUCUUACCCCCGCCAGCGGGAAUUGUCAGCUUUCCUCCUCAGUACCCACCACCCUACACCUUUCCAACACAGUAUGCUGCACCGGCCCCGGCUGCUGCACCUCCGACGCAGACACAAGCCCAGAAGCCACCUUACUACCAUGGGGACAUAAUCUAUUACAACACUCAAAGCCAGCAGCACAAGCAGCGGCCCACCCCUCCUCGAAGGCCCAAAGCAGCUAUCCCUAUCGUGCCUCCCCCAGGUUCCCAAGGCACAGUUCAGGAGAGUGCUCCUGAGCCAGAUGGUUCGGGAUCUCAUCAAAGCAAGUCAGAUGAAGACCUUGAGGAUAAGGGAGUCGCUGGCACAGAACCAGCUCUCAAGGAAGGCCCGACAGCACAGCAAGCAGUUGGAGGAUUGUAGCAUAGCCCUUGUCAUUCUUAUCCUCAAGUGCCACACUACUGCAGUUUGUUCUUUGUGCACAGCUUCCUGGAAGCGCUCUGCUUCUGUGUCAUUAGACACUUGUCAUACUUUUAUCUCAGUUCACUGAGGUCUUUUUAAGAGAGAUGCCAUUAAUGCCAUUACAGAGCAGAGAUCUGUUUGCAAUACGUGAUAUGCACUUUUGUGGAUAAAGAAGCAAGGUUUUUCUAGUUCUUGUAGAGAAAUAAUGUUUUAUUCAUUACUUGGUAAAUAGCAGCUUGGCAACUGCCAUAGUUAAAAAAAAAGGUUAAUGUAAAGGCUUUUAAUGAAUGGCAUUAAGUUUGUUCCUGUUAUGCAGGUUAUUGCAUUGAAAAGGUAGCAGUUGCGCAUAAUUGUGAGUCUGUGUAAGUGUGAGCAAGAUGCCAAAUUGUGGUGUACUUGACUCUUUCCUUGCCACAGCAGAAGGUGCCUUAAGUUAAAUUUAUUAUUUGAAGAAAUGCUAUUUGCAGGGUAUUCCAUUGUAUGGCUUGAGUAAUGUAGCUUGGUGCAUUGGUACAUUUAACACGAGUGGAAUCCAAUAAAAUUAAGACUAAAACAAAGGAACAAAUAAAUGGAACAAGUACCUGUGCGUAACUGAAUGUUUAAUGAAAAGAAAGCAGUCUCCGAAGAAAACGGGGUAUGCAGAGGCAUCAAAAACCUCAAGCAAUAGCUCAGGCAUUAUCAGAAUUUGGAGUCUCAUGGAUAAUACAGUACAUUCACACAUUCAAUUUAAAAUUUUUCAUCAUCUGUUGCUCUGAUUUCUCACCGCUCUUAGUUUUGCCUUCACUUGCACUGGACCUUUUCAGAAACAUGCAGUGCCGUGCUCUUCCCUUGUGGUGUCGUUUGGUGAGAGGGUGCUCUGGGCAGCUGCUGUUUAUGCAACUGCAAACGCAUCGUGCAGAUCUCUUUUCUCAAAGUUUUUACUUAGUUUAGUGAUUGGCAGUUGCUGGGUGGAAGUGUGCAUACUGCUGAACUUUCAGCAUGCCACAUAAGAAAAAAUGUGUGUGUAUGAAUGUGCUGUGCACAGGCUGCAAGAACAACAUGCUGUAAGAUAGUGGUGUCUCAUUACCACUAUGAAAAGGUGUUGACUUGGCAAGUUGUUUGGGCUUCAUCUUUUGGCACACAAUCAUUAAACUUCAGGAAUUGGUCAUUAUUGCAUUCCUGUGCUUUUGAGACUUGAAAAUGAGUAAAUUAGGCUUUGUCAUGUGCAUGUCAUAGAGGAAAAUGCAUGAGGGAGGCCAUCUAUGUGAUAAACAAUCACCUUCUAUCAAUGCUGCCUCCUUUAAUAGUUUUCAGUUGUGUUAAGGUACUGCAACUGCAGACUGCUGUGGUACAUGCUAGGUAGUUGUGAUGAUAGUGAAUAAGGCAGAGAAGCUUGAUUUGGAACCAGUACUUUGCAAACAUCACUUGCUGAGGUCGUCGGCAUACUCUAGUAUCGGCAGUGUGAGUGGGUGUUGGCAGCUUAUGUGUCACUGUUUACACAUCAGUCCAGUGACACCAGAGCGGCACACGUAACUAGUGUAGACUCGCCAAAGCAUUCUCGCGUCAAUUUCAUUUGUGCACUGCGGAAAGCCAGCCCAUGUGUCGUGGCAUGCAUGAUAUUGUGCAGAGUUUGCACAGCUAAUAAACGCAACGGCACAAUUGCAAGCAUAGUAUGCAGCUCUGCAUCAUAAGAAGGGUGGAAAAGGACACUGGGCAUAUCCAGCAUUAGCAGCAACUUAUGCACAUGGUUAACACAUUCUUUUUUUCUUUAACUUCUUUUCUCGAGACGGAGAUGAUAGCUGUACAUUGUAUUGAUGCAUGUGUGUGCCCAUGUGUAUACAUUGUCACUGUUGCAAACUUCUUUUUUUACAUGUAUCUGUAAAAUGCCAAUGCAACAUGCACAAGAGCAAAUCCACAGGCACUCAGCAAAAAUCUAAACAAUCCCAUUAACAAACAGUGCAACAGUGUUGCUGAUAUGACUUUUCGAGUGUCGCAGCAUGAUGUCUGAAUACUUGCACAUCUGUGAAAAAAUCCAGGACUGCAGAGUGCUUGCUGACUUGGAACAGCAGAAAAAAGACCAUACAAUGCCUGUGCCUGCUGCAACGACCAUGUAAACACAUUGUGGUAGCAGAUGACACCAGAGCCAAUGAGCUUUCAUUCGGGCUCCUUGGUGUCGGCUUCUAGGGGCACACAUAACUUUCUGAAAAGGUCCAUUGACGCAUCAAUACAAAAUGGCUGGCGCAUGCAAUUGCAACAGUGAAAUGGGAAGUGUCCUUCUGUACACCUGUCUGCCCAUCCUGUUUGGUUCUCUCCUUUGUCUUGGUUAUCAUUUUGCUAGAUUCCACUGAAGGUAACAUAGUUUCUCUUGUGCCAUAUUGGCUUCACUCAAGGUUUGAGCAGUUUUUGAUGGAAACUAUGUCAUCGUGCACCAUGGCAGUGCCAUGCCUGCCCACUUCAUGUCAAUUGGAUGGCCAUUUUUCACCCAUUUGCCCCCUUCGCAGGAAGUUAAUGGUGCUGUAGGCUUUUGCUGCCCUUUAUUUAACCUUGGCAGCAAAGUUCGUGCAUUAUCUCUGCUGUCUCCUUGAGAUUAGUUCUCAAUAUCGAAGCUUGAAGACCAUGCUUAUGGUAACAUAGUAGGCAGUUGGCCAUUUCACUGGCUUGAGUUGGUGUGGCGUUUCUUUGUUUGUGGUAGCUCACACCCUGAAAUGAUUGAAACACUAUAGCUCCAGGAGGGAACAAGUGUGCUGUAAUGCAAGAUUUCAUGUUCUGUGCUACAUGUAGCAUAAUAUUGCUUUGACACCUUCUCAAAACAGCGUUGUGUGCAGAUCAAGAACAUUCUUAUCAUGUUCAAAGUGUUUCAUUGCCCCUUUAAAUGAAAAACUGGGCUGUUCACACAGGCAGGUCUUAAUGCAGAAGUGAUUGGAUGAUGAGGCUUGCUGCAAGCUGCCAGAUCAGUGCUUAAUGCAUUCAGAAAACCAUAGGUGGAAUUUAUCGAUUUCCUUGGCUGUGGAAAGAAAAGGGUUAAGCUUCUUGUGUGCUUAGUAAAAGUUGUUACUGUGCUAUUUGCUUUCACAUGCCACCUUUUGAAACCAAGGGAAAAAGUCAGUUCUUGGUGUUAACAGAUAUGCUUUUUAUUGUCUUGAGUGAGUUCAUUGUUAAAACAUAACUUAGUGAGCCUUUGCUGUGUUUGAAAUCUCCGCACUACAAUGCCUUAGUGGGAAUGGUAAUAAUUGUAUUCAUGAAAAUUUAUAUGUAACAAAAUCAGAGCUACCGCAGGAAACGGAUUUCUUGCUCUGCACGUUUUAACCCUUUCGCUACCAUGAGAAAGUCUUCAAGUUGUACAGGAAUUGUUGGUGUCUUUUUUAUUGGUACCUAGAGAUUUUUUUGUGCUUGUAAAAUCAGCAUUGUUCCAUCUUUAAAUGCACUUUUCUCUCUCUCUCUCUCUUGUCAUGACCCCAAGAGGAGAUAAGUGUUAGGUUUGACAUUUAGGCACUGUGUUACGCUCAUGUUUUCUUUUGGUAGUGUCCAUCAUGUUGUUAGAAAUGAAUUCAGAUUGCUCUAGGACUCGCUAGGCAUGGGAAGGUGCUUCACUUACUGCAGGGUCUGAAGAAUGGAAAAUGUUUUUGGCAUGUUGGGCAUGUCAGCUUAAAACCACCUUAUCGGCAGAAUCCAGCCAGCACACAAAAUGCUACCAAAUGGAACCCCUGCCACCACCUCACAUCAACAACUGCAAUUAGAAGCAUGUUGCCAAAAUCAGCAACUUAUUGGCUUGUUGGUAAAACUUAUGUGAUAAGUGGGCAUUGAGAAUUGGUAGGAAAAGGGCUAAAAAGUGUGUACUGUUACCUCACAUCAGAAUUAUAUACACCUAUUACCUGCCUAUACAUAGAUUUACAAUCCUUAUUCGUGCUUGAAAAAUCUUUAAAUUUAAUUUUCUGCUAUGCUUUGCAAAUCUUGUUUGGACAACUGGAUGCAAUCCAAAGAUCAAGCUAGUUCAGUACUUUAUCAGCUUUGUGGUGGUGUCAUGCCUGUUGGUAAUUCACAUGCUACACGUUUUCGUUGUACCUUCUUCUUUAUGUGAAACUAAAAAAAAGCCAGCAUUCUUAUCUUCAAGCUGUGAAGCAUAAUGUUACUUUAAAUCUUGUUCAUUUAGUGGCUAUGGUGUUGGGCUGCUGAGCACGAGGUCGCGGGAUCGAAUCCCGGCCACGGCGGCCGCAUUUCGAUGGGGGCGAAAUGCGAAAACACUCAUGUAUUUAGAUUUAGGUGCACGUUAAAGAACCCCAGGUGGUCAAAAUUUCCGCAGUGCGUGCCUCAUAAUCAGAAAGUGGUUUUGGCACGUAAAACCCCAUAAUUUUUAAAUCGUGUUCAUUUGCUGUCUCGGCCUUAAAAGCCCUUGAACCCCACUCUUCCCCACUCCAAACUGCUGUAAGCCCUGUUUCAAUGUUUAAUAUUUUAUGCCAUUGAGUGAUGGUCAAAAGCAACACCAAGAAAUGUGACAAAUGGUUGCCUCAAAGAAAAGUAAAGCUGUUAGUGCAACUAGAUGUGGUAGAGAAUGUCUGCUCCAAAUGUUGUUGAAAUUUCCACCUGAGAGAACUAUUGAGAGCCAGCACAAUGGAACCUAAAGGGUAUGUUUAGCAUGUUGAGAAUGAUGUGUAGGCAGUUAGAAAUGAGUCAUGGAAUGAAGUGCAAGAGUGUGAACUUGUUCUAGUUGGUUCACCAACACUGGAAAAACUGCGUAAACUACAGGACCACAGGAAGACAAGGCAAUACAGUUUUUGUGUUGUCGAUGGAUACAAUGAAGUGCAUUAUGGGAAAUUUUCAAAUUUCUCUUAGAUGUGCUUUGGAGCUCAAUGGAAUAUCCAACACUGCAUUUUUUCAGAACCUUCUAUGGUAUCAAGAUGAGAUUUAAUAGGAAUAGAGUAUUCGGGGGAAACGUGCCAGAGAAACUUAAGUCUUGUAUUUAAUUUCCUCCAUUAUUAUACUCUAUGCACUUACAAAGAUAGUGCACAUUUAAUUCUAAUGUUUUGUCUUGAUUUGCAUAAUUCAGAAUUCGCAAACAUUUUAGUCCCCAGGGUGAUUCCACGAGAGGUAGAGCAUGCGUGUCGGCUUGAUAUAUUUUUUUGUCUUUUUUUUUAUGUCAUGUAGGAAUAUUCAAACUGCACAGAACUGUAAAUAUUAUUCCCAAAAAGCGUUCCCGGAAAGCCCCCAAAAAUAUUUCAAGGUGGCGGUGUGAGCGCCCUUCUAUUACUUACCACAAUAUUUUCCAAUUUUGCAACCGAAUUAAAUGCAAUCUAAAAACGUUGUGUUGAAAAACUUUUCUGCUCAUUUCAAUACACUUCACAGUAAAUUAGUUCCAUGCAUUUUUUGAUGCUCUCCAUAAAGGACAGAAAUGUAAAAAAAUUCCAAACAUGGCUCAGAUCAAAAAAAAUUUGUAACUAUGAUGUCUUGGCGCAUUUUCUAAUUUACACAUAAACUUUAAAAAUGUGUCACACAUAGAACAUUCUCUUUGGAACAUUAAGCAAAAUAUGAUUUUCCUACAUGAAACACAAGAGAAGAAAAAUAAUUAAAGAAGUUUAAAAAAAACUCAUUUACAAAAUAUAAAGAAGCUCAGUUUCUAAAUUUCGAAAAAAUUUUGGAUAGAAGUCCGCUUAUGUUGGGCAAAACGUGAGUGAUAAUAUGCUUCCUCAUUUGCUUUAUUCACAAAAUAUAACUGGCCUAAGUGGCCCAUGUUGAGCGUGCUGGCUUUAGUGCCGCGAUGACUCGUUCCAGUUUGUUAGCAAUUACUCUCUCUUAAAGACAGAAAUGGAAAUGGUUUCCACAAAUGAAGGAAGAUUUACCUGGGUUUUUUAUUGUGGCAAGAACAGAGAACAUGUUUUCUGCUUUGUUUUCUGGGACACAAGAGAAAAAGCUCGACGCAACUUGUGAUGCUUGAACAAAUUAAUUGUGCAUACUUUGCAGUUAGUAUUUAAAAGGGUCUAAUCUCCGUCAGCUGGCCAGCAGCAGUUCUCGCAAUGGACAGUGCAUGUCCACUUGACAGAUUGCGGGCACACAUCCACACAUGCCACGACUGAAUUGCCAUGCCAUGAUAUGCCACACAUGCCAUGACUACCACUCCACUGACUUCUACUGACGAUGCUCCUUCAUGGCUGCAGCAGGCGCAUGAAGCAGGGCCCCAUUCUUAAGGUUGCUGCUAAGUUGGGAGACCAUCUUAUGUGCUGACUGAAUGGAGGCGGCGCUUCCAGACCUCAGGUUGUGCAGGGAAACUUUGUGUUUAAGGAGUCCACCCACAUCGUCACAGGCAUUCUUCCCUUGCCUGGUAGCGGAAGAUAUCCACCUUCUGGACGUAUACUUGGAAUGGUACAACUCAUGCAGUUCGUACUUAUUUUUAAAAUUGCUCGCUGCACCAUCGCUGGCGUAUGUUACAUGACAGUGGACGGGUGGUUUUUCAUCUAACGCUUCGUGCACUCUACCUAGGGCGUAGCAGACGUGCACUGCGUCGUGAUGCAUGUCAUCACUUAUGGGAGCAAAGCUUUGUGUAGCUUUGCUUGUUGUGGCGACACAUGUGAAAAUGGAUAUUUGUUUCCUUUGCCAAUGAUACGAUUGUUCUAUUUGAGAGAAGGACUGUUCAGUUUUCCACAAUAUCAAAAUGCAGAACAAUGCUUCCGUGCUGCUCGCACUUCUUUGCCUCAUGAAAAGCCGCGGCUUGAGUGCAGCGUAUGGAUUCCUCAUUUGUGAGGAAGCCAUUUGGUCACCCAUUUGCUGGGCUCUUUCACAAAAAGGGUUGGAGACAUCAUCUUGAUCGAGCCCCUGCUUUCCCAAACAGCAAAUGUGACCUCGUCCUCGUCGACCAUUCCCAGACUGGCCAAAAUGAGGCUUUCACUCCAUCGGCAGCACUCCUAUUCACCUAACAUACAAUCUUUGGUUAGGGAGUUGCAACGGCACAAUGUUCUCAUGCCUUCCAAUGAGAUUUCCAUACUGGUUACAUUCUCAAACGUGGAGACAAAGGCUGGCAUUAGAGCAAUGAAUGCAAACACAAACCUCUUGCUGUGGUGCAAGCAGCACCUAUUUUGGACGCAUACUGUAAAACUUUGACAGGGCUAUGACACUUUCGGAGUGAGCUGCUUUCAUCUGGAACGUCUCACGGAUAGAACGCGUCAUAAACCACUUUGAGACGUACUCUCUGGCCGUUCGUGAUGACUUGCACAAUGCCAUUCUUGUCCGGGCUCUGCCAAGAGCACCCAAGUUCAUCCUUAGUGAAGUAGUCGAGCGCAGCUUGUACAUCCGAUGGGCUUAGCCUUGACCUCGUGUAUGGUCAAAAUCUGACCACAUGCUAUGCUUCUCGUGCAAAUUCCGUGCCUUUCCGAGCAUGUACAUUGUGACUGUUAGGAUUGCCUCUUGAACUCGUUUGUUUUUAACUUCUGUUGACACGAUGGUUAAGAGAUGGAGAUGCUCUGGAUAGGACCUUGAAGUCUCGUACGCUUGCUUGAAGCUAUUCAACCAGCUAGCGCCUGCACAACAUUCUGUCACAGACGGUUCAGGUGUACUGAUGCUUCCAUAUGCAGCGCUUAAAGUUGAGUAUAUAUUCGUCGCCACGACGCUUUCAACCUAGGCCCGUUUUCUCUUUCCGCAAGAUCAUCUGCUGCGUUUGUGAAUGAAAGAUGGCAGCUUCAAUGGUGAAACAUAAGAAACGUGGACGUACCUGUUCAAGUUUUGAAUUGCUUCUUUCUGAAGGAAUGCCUUGUCUGCUUCAUCGCCAGUGCCACUAGAUGACAGGAUUUCCUUGAGGCGCGUCAAGCAGUACUGGCAAACCUCGCCAGGGUCGCGAAUAACCUCAGCCUCUCGCGGUAGCUUCUGCAGGGAGGCAGCAUCCAGAGCAUUUUUUUUUUGUUUUGUUUUUAGCAAUCUUCUUCUGAACGCUUAAAUAAUUGGCACAGAAUACUCGAACCAAGCUAUAAGCCACAUGCGUCGUGUGUAUUCUGAACAGCAUUGCACUUUUUCUGUCGCUUCUUCUGCACCCCUGUCAUGACUCGGCCUCCAAAAUGUCUCACAGUUUCAUGUUUUAUGAACGACGCCGGCUAAAGCUUUUCACUGCGAAAACAUAAGGACUCCACUCGUUAUCAAAGGGUAAUGUUCGUCUGGCACCACCAGUUACCUCUGCUGUUCUCGGCGUGGGAAAGUGCAUCAGCAAGGUGCUGACAAAACAUAAAUUAGGCAACCUUGGCAGCCUUUGGCCCAGUCAUGCCGCACUGCACUUUUUCAGGCAGCUGGAACACAGAGGUUAAGGUUGAGGUAAGACAGGAAGACGUUAUCUGUGAGCGACGCGGAAAACAUGUGAUAACGGAAAAUGAAAGUAACUGCUCGGAAAAUGACUCAGAUAAAUUUUUACAAAGGUGCAGUGUGGUGCACGCGGUGGUGCCGAAGAAGGUUCCAUCCACUAUCCAUUGCAUGUGGGGGAUGGGGAGCAAGCAGUGGAGUAGCACCUCCAUAAUGGUGCACCUGCUGAUUAUGGAAGCGCUCCCUCGCUUACGGAUUAGCUUGCCUUGGUGCCGCAUACAGGUAUUUUACUAUGUGCACCAGGCGGGUUUUGGCAAGGUCAGCCACAACAUGCACUCGUGGUAUCUCGCAUGCUGUUGACAAGUGAAUAAGGAAGGCAUAAGUGUUAUGCCCACAGAGGUUCUAAUCUGCAAACUCUGUACGCAUCAGCACUUAAGACGGCGGCAGCCCCCCGUCCCAGCAUAGGCUAGACACAAAUAAAAUCUGACAAUACACUUUCGUUGAAAACCAGCUGCUAGAGCGAAGUUCUGAAGUAAUAAAAAAAUUAGAAUUAGAUAUGUAAGAAUGCAAACUGAUAGACAACCAGCAAAGGUACAGAAGCCAGCAUGCUCUACAUAGGCCACGUUGGUCCAUUAUAUUUUGUGAAUAAAGCAAAUGAGGAAACAUUGCACCCACGUUUUGCACGACAUAAGUGGACUUCCAUGCAACAUUUUUUGUAAAAUUGGAAGCACAGUUUUUUCAUUUUAAAAAAAAAGAUCUUUGAAAAAAAAAACAUUUAAGCAUGUUUUUCUUCUUUCAUGUUUAACGUAGGAAGAUUAUAUUUUGCAUAAAUGUCACAAAAAAAAAUUCCAUGUUUGACACAUGUUUCAAGUUUCUGUUGAAAGAAAACGUGCCAAGACACAUCGAAGUUAAAAAAAAAAAAUUUUUAUUUGGGCCAUGUUUGGGAUUUUUUUACACAGCAUUAAAAAACAAAUGGAAUUAAUGUACUGUAAAGUGUAUUAAAAUGAGCGGAAAAGUUUUUCGACACGAUGUUUUUAGUUUGCAUUUAAAUCGGCUGCGAAAUUGGAAGAUAAUGUGGUAUAGGGGGAGGCUCGCACUGCCACCUUCAAAUAUUUUUUUGGCUUGCUGGGAUCGCUUUCCGGGCAAUAAUACUUUAGGUUCCGUGUAGUUUGAAUAUUACUACAUGACAUAUAAGAAAAACAGACAAAACAAAAAUAUGAAGCGGACAUGCAUGUUUGAUCUCUCGUGGAAUCGCCCUCCCGUAAGCACUGAGAGCCCCAAUUAGCAAAAGUAUGUAUGAAAUGAAAAAAAAAAACUAUGAAAUGUUGGUAUUUUUGCUAAUUAGAGUUCUCAGUGCUUAAUGGGGACUUAAAUGUUUAGAAAUUCUGAAUUAUGCAAAUCAAAGUGAAACUUUAGGAUUAAAUGUGCAUGAUCGUUGUAAGUGCAUUGGGCAUAACGGAGGAAAUUUCCAAAAUGCUGUCGGUUAUUACAAUGCCAAUUUGAAUAGUGAAAUAAAUUUGAGAAUUGUUGCUGUUGGCCGAAGCAUUUCUGCUUGAAAAUUUACACGAAUAUAAGGGCAACCUUCCACUUUUAUAUUCAACCAUGAAAGUACCUUUCUAUGUUCAGAAGUGCUAAUUUGAGAGUGGUAACUAAGCAAUUGUGCAUUCAAUGCUGCCAGUACAACUGUUGCAGCUGUGUGUGGCACACUGGGGCAGUGAAAAAAGGGCAUGAGGGCUGUUGAGAAGCUCCAUAGUGGCAUGAAGUUUCAAUUUCUGGGUAAAUGCUCUGAGGUUAUAACCUGGUACGCCAAUCGCCUAGGCCUCUUUGACAUGGAGAUUAUUCCAUCAGCGGCAGCCACCCCACCUCGCAAUUUAUAUGCCUUCUUUUCUCUCUGCUCUUUUCUUCCUAAGCCUGCACAUACACACAAUUGAACCUCAGUAGAAUAAACUACAGUUAAGUAAAACCCACAUCAAAAUUUUUUCAUUCCUAAUUUUAGAUAAUUGAGCACCAUGAUUUAGUGAAAAAAAUCUUGUCCUGGAGUUUCAGUUCAACAAAUUCUGCAUGCAUUGCAUGCAUGCACCUGGAGCAUCUGUGGCAAAUAGGACAUGUCGCUCAAUACAUGAUUCAUAAUUUAAUGUGUCCUCUAGCGUGCAUAAAAAUCGACAGGGUGGCGAAUACCUGAGCAAGCUUCCCACUCCCUCACCCUGUUCAUUGUCUUUAGCACUUCUGCACAUGCUCCAAACAAAUCUCUUCCAUGUAGCUCAAAACAGAUGCAUUAAGGUUGAGACUAUGACACGCUUUGAUUAGAGGGAACCCAAAUCAAGCAACUUCGAUAAAAUUGGGCUUGCUUUAUUUAUGCAUUUACUGAGAAUGUUUACCUUGUCGUAACUUCAUUUUAAGCUAAACCGUUCACUCGAAGUUAACAUGACACUUUUGUUUUUUGUUUUGUUUAUAUCCUCCACUGGGGGCUCCAUUUAAAAUGGUGUGUGUGGAGGGAGGGCGAGGGAGAGGUGUUAGAGCUUGCGUGCUGCAUGAAACCACUGUCAAUGAGAGAACAAUGAAUAUUGAAAUUGCAGCAGCAACCUCCUUGCUAAAAUAGAAUAAAUCGUGUAGCACAUCACCCCUAGGUGUAAGCUGUAUUGUACAUUCUUUUGUUCGGGAAGAAAAAAAGAUUCUGCACUUUGCGUAUGUGACAAAAAACUUCCUUAUUGAACCACCAAGGACCAUAAUUAAAAUCGUGGGAGGGGUUCCAGUUACUAUUUUAUUUGUAUCUUUUCAUUAAGAUAGGAAUGUGAGGCAUCUGUUUUAACUCUCCGUCCAUACUUUUUGUUUUCUGCAUUAGUAGACUAACACAGUCGACACUUUAUGUAACAAAUAAAUGCACUCAGUGGGACAUGGAUGCAUAUGUGAAUGAUGCAGCACAUCUGUGCUGAAUUGUGCCGAUGAUGUACACGUUGGUAAACAUAGCACAGUCAUUAUAUGCACAAAGACAUUUCUUGCUUUGAAAUGUCAUAUCUUUAUUAGGCCUGCUUUUUGCAGGAUUGAAGACUGUCAUUGUCCUGAGGGUGAUCACUGACAUGAACGUGAUAGUUUGUGCACAAAUGCUUGAGCUUGCACUAAUUUACAGGAAUUUCAACUUAGUGCAGUUGCUGUCUCAUUAAAACGAAAGUAAAAUAUGUUUGUUUUUGAAGAGGAAGUUAAAAAUAAAUGACUGAGCUUCUCGCUUGUCCAUCUUUGUUUAGCAGCUAGGCAAAUGAGCCUAGCCAUUGCUAGGAACACCUGGCUUGUCCGUUCAGAUCAAAGCAGAUUUCACAAAAAGCACAGUGAGAGCUAAUGCUUGGCACACUUGAGAAAGUACCGCUGUAAGACACUGUAUUUUAACCUCCAUCUUUGCUGGAUAUCACAUGAAUUUGCUCAAGUCUAGAUUACUGCUAGUGACCACCAAGGCACUUGUACCACCUUCUGUAUGAUUUCCAAGUUCGUCAUGCUCAUAGCCAGAGUGUAUACAAUGUGCCAAUAUGAAAGGGAACACCAGAUUUCUGUUUAACGCUAGUGAUUUUUCUUGUUCCUCCACUGAAAUAAGUUCCAUAGAGUGGAAUUAUUUGGUGUGAGAAACUACACACUGAAUAGCAUUGACUGAGGCAUGCACUUGCAUGUUUACAGGAAUAGCUAUUUAAAAACAGAUUGUUUCCUUUCGUAGUGGUGCAGUGUGCACAUGUAGCCAUGCAACAUAUCUAUGGUUGCCAGCAAUAGUUUAGCCCUAGAGUAUAUACUAUAGAGCCUGCUACUCUAAAAAAGCAGACCACUUCUGGGAAGUGACAGUAGCAACCACAGUACCAUUACGGGGCUGUGUGUCCUCUCUGGCUAUGAGCGUACCAACUUGACUGAUAUUUCUAGUUGUAAGUGUGCAAUUCCAAUGCACUAGUUCUCAUUGUUUAUUGCUUGUCAAGGUGGCUAGCCAAAUCACCUUGCAGAUAAUGCAGUAUUUGGAUGAGUGGCUUCUUUGACAAUUUUAUAAGCUAUAUGCAGUUGCAAAACAAGCUGCAAUGGAAAAUCUGUUUGUCUUCGAAUAUGGUGCUCUAAAGUGACAAAGUUGACAGGUUGCACUUAAGGAAACCAUUUCAAGUGAAGCAUAGUUAGUCCUAAAAGCUUAUUUCCCCCACUUUCAUAUUGCAUCCCAGUCCUUAAUAGAAAUUGUCAAAAAUUUAGUUUGUCAUGGCCCCUUUGAGAGCAUUUAACAAAGUUACUAUGGGAAUUGUAACUUGUAAUUUCAUGGUCUGAUAUUCUCGCCAUUUUGACAGCACUGCCAUGUUUGCUUCCAUGCCUCUGGCUCUUGUCUAUUGUUACUGUGUUUUUUAUACUGUGCUUGCUGUUUGUUUUUCAUGGUGAACUAAAAUACAAAAUCCUAUAGUUGUAACCCUGGGCAUAGCCCAGAAUCGUCAGAAGACACAGCAUGUAGGUUGUGUCAUGCCAUGGUUGCCUUUGUUAACAGUACUAUGAUGCAGGGCAUGACAGUCAUAAUUUACAUUGUAGGAAGGGCAUCAAGAGCAUUUAAAAAAUUUUUUUAACAUAGUUUCAGCAUUUUGUGUAAUUUAAUAUUUGCAGAUUCGUCGAAUGUGUUUUUAAAUUUAGGGCCAAUAGGUGGUUCUGGGGGUAUUAAAGUGCGUGCAACAAAGUGAUAGUGUUUAUGCAUGGGAUGUGCAUGAAGAAUGACAAUUUUGGCAUUGAGUCAUUUCUUAGUUUGUGGGACAUGCUUUAAGCUGCUUUAAGAUAUGAACUAUGCACAUCAAGUUCUAAUUUGUAAUUUUAUUGUGAGUAUUGGCCAUUUACCUAGCUGUGCUGUUUGCUAUCAUGACUUUGUAGUGGCUAGAAGUCUGUGUUACUUUUUCUUGUAGUAGAGUUUUUGAGAACUCAGAUGUGCAGGUAAGAUCAUCCUUCACAACUUCACAGUAUUUGAAGACACUUUCCUGCAGCAUAAUCAACCAUGGCAACAGGCUCUGUUCUGUAAAAUGGGCUGUUAAAGUCCAGUCAUUCUACUUAAUGCUCUCGUUCUUUUUAACUCAAAGAUACGCACAAAAAAGACUUCUUGCGUUUGCUCGUAUAUAUUAAAACUGGCAGGCUUUUCUAAUCUUGACCUAGUGCUUAUUUACUGAUAAUUUACCAACUCUGCUGCCUUUCAGGUAGAUGAUAGCUCAUGCAACAUAUCCUAAUGAGAAUUUAUUGCUAAAUGAAUUUAUAAUGAACAAUUUGCAUUACUGUUAUAAAACAGGCAGUAGCAGGAAUGUGUUUAUUUCAUGCUUCUGUAUGGCUGAGAAUAUUCAGAACUUGACUUGUUUUCUGAUCCUUUCACACACCAGAAAUGUGCACUGGAAAUGUGCAUUUGGUAAAUAAUAAACCUUCUGCUGACAUUCAGGUUAUUCCCUUUUGGGAAUUUAAGGAAGCAACUUUCUUUUAAUGCCUGAUUCAUCACUAAAUAAAUGUUACUGAAUAUUUUUUAAAUAUAUAAGCAUUGUUCAUAUGGCUUCUGCCAGGCAGAUGUCAGUUGCUACCCAGAUAUAUGAACUGUGAAAUUUUUUGUAAUGAUUACCUACCUGUGUAUGAGAAUUCUAAAUAGGGCUUCACAGGGUUGUAUUACAGUCGAGGUUUUCAAUUAAAAUUGUCAUUGCAAAUGUAGAGAGUUACCAGACCAACACUAGUGAGGCAAUUUUAAAUAUGAACCUACAGUGUAAAUUUCUCAGCUUUAAGCCACAAGGGCUCCUCUUCAUAUGUGAUUUCCAUUCCUGUGCUUGGCCUAACUCAAGUGUAGACUUGUUGAACCAAAAUUUUUUAACAUUUUGUGAUGGUAAACUGGGUAUUGCAACCUUGUCUACCUCCAAAGUGAGGCCAUUUGGUGUCUUCCUGUCUAUGUGUUUGUCAGGCAUGUUUACUCUGUAACAGUGUUGUGUGCCUUGGAGUAUAGCUAGGUGUUAAAGCUACAGUGGGACGUUGCAGUUACAUAUUUCAAAAGCUAGUGGUUUUUUUUUUGUUUUUGUUUUUUUGUCUGAAGCUGUAAUUAUAGUACUGAGCAGUUUUAAAUGGCAAUGAUGGCAAUUGAAUGUACGACCAACUUUCUCUAUUGCUUCAGAGCUUGAUGGCCGAUUGUUGGCAUCCCAACUUUGUUACUACAGCUGCAAAAAGUUACCAAAUGUAACAAAUAUCUGUGGAUUGCUUUGUGCAAGCGCUUCUUUCUUCCCUGUGUGUUGUUAUGCUUGAUGGGUGGAAGCAGUUUGUAUGUGUGUAAUUUAUUCUUGUGCGAUUGAUUUUUCUGCAUCUUUCUUUUUAGUCUCUGUUCGUGUGUUAAGCAACAUUUCAUAUUUGCAUGUGGAGCUAUCGACGUGACAAGUAGUUUUUUACCUUGCUUGUUGGUGUGGCAAGUAGUUUUAUACUUCACUUAAUAUUUUUAUCUUAUGUACAUAAUGGAUGUGUGUAGCAGCAGUAACUAUUAACAAUACUUUUAUGAAAGAUAUGACACCUAGAUUUUGCUAUGUAUUUCACAAUAAAAUUUUUGCUGUGUAAGAAGGUAAAUAAAAAUUCAUGGAUUA